AUGCAGCCCCUACUAGAUAUUCCGAUUGAUCUGGCUUUUCGAAUGUAUCGUAAUGCACGUGAUAGGUCCGUGUUCCAAAGAGCUUUCCAUCUUACGUCAUUUUUUCUAAAUGCGCUCUGGAUGAAGUCUGUCCUGCUGCGACAUAACUUCAGAAUAAUUAAUCAAAACACACUGCUGAAUCUUGUGCGCGACCGACCAGCUUUCCAACCCCUUAUAACCGUGUCCAAUCAUCACUGUUGUCUAGAUGAUUUCAUUUUGACAGUAGAUAAAACAAGGUGGACCCUGGCUGCAGUGGACAUAUGUUUUAUUAACCAACUCUACAAAACGUUCUUUGAGUCCGGGAAGGGCGUACCUGUAUGGAGGCGCGUCCGCGACCGAAGCACCGGCAACAUU